AUGUCAGAAACUGAGCUGGAAAAGAUAAAAGUAAGAACAGCUGAGCAUUUUGAAAAUGAUAAAAAUAACAUUUCUUGGUUGAAAGAAGAUACACAAUUCACAAAUGAAAAACAUGCAGAAGAGAAACCCAUUAAUGCUAUCAUUAUAAAUUCAGUAUCCGAAUUCAAUAUCACAGAUGGACCAGCCAAGGAAACUUCCACUGAGAAAAAACUGUCAGAAUCCACUGCAUCACUGUCCUCCCUUGAAGAAUGCCAGACAAAAUUUUCUUACCUUCAAACUGAUACUUCAGCUCAUCAGAGAGACACUGAUGAGGAGUGUGCCUCCCUUAUCCUUGCCUGUCUGUUUUGCCAGUUUUGGGAUUGUCUCCUGAUGCUCCCCGAUACAUGUGAAAUGGUAUGUACCAAUUUGUGCUGCCCCUCUCACAGGUAUCACCACACCUCAGAUGAAAGCCACUCUCGGAAUGACUGCAACUGCAACUGUGACAUGGACUGCAGCCUCUUUGAAUCUUGCCAUGAGACUGGUGAGUGUCUGGAGCUGGCCAUGGAGAUUUCAGAAAUCUGUUAUCGUUAG